GCGCCAUGGCCCUUCGCGUGGGGAUGAUCUCCGCUGGCACCCGUGGCGAUGUGCAGCCAUUCCUGGCUUUGGGGCAGGAGCUCCAGGCUCGGGGCCAUCACGUGGCGAUUUGCUGCCCUAGGCUUUGCGUGGACUUGGUGCAUGAUCACGGCAUCGAAGCUUUCGGCAUAAGCUACGACCCCAAAGCGGCAAUCCUCAGCCCUGGGAUGCAGCGUGCUAUUGGGGAUGGCGAUGGCUCGGGCUGUGUGCGGGCAGUGUGUGAGGCACAGCGGCAGCAGAUCCUGGAGACUGGCAUCGACCCAGCUGAUGAGGUGCACAGCUUCAUGACAGAGUUCCGUGCGGAUGUUUUGGUAGGUCAUCCUAGCUUUGUGCCACUGAUUGUGGUGGCUGAGGCUUUCUCUGUGCCACUGGUCAAUGCUCUUUUUAUGCCAUUCUUGCCAUCCCGUGUGAUGCAGCCAGGGUGGUACACGCAAUCGCAGCUGGAAGAAGAAGGCUUUCUUAACUGCCCUUUGCAAGCUCACAGACACUUGUGGGACCAGUAUAUCAACACCGACGCCCUGAAGCAACUCAACGAGGUACGCUCCAGAUGGGGAAUGCAGCCUUACAAGGAUUGCUCAGAGGUACAAGCAAUUUACCAAUCUGCUCCCGAGGCAAACUGUUGGAGCACUCAUAUGCUGCAAGCGCCUUCAGACCUGGCACAAGAGUUCCCUUUGGCACAACAGACCGGCUACCUCUUUGCAGAUGCACCUGAGCAUUACGAGCUACCAGCAGCCCUGCUGAGGUUCCUGGAGAAUGGCCAGAAGCCGAUCUACAUCGGUUUCGGGUCUCUUUGCGUGGGUGAUCCUCGGCUGGCAACCGAGAAGGUGCUCCGAGCGCUGAUGAGGGCUGGCCAGCGCGGCAUCAUCUGCGGUGGCUGGGGUGGCAUGAAUCCUGAGCACUUGAACCCUGCUGAAACUCCGGACUUUGCAGUUCUAAAGCAGCUGCUUGGCGUCCGUUUGGCCUGUGCACUUCAAAGCGCUGGGACCGUGGCAGCCGUGGCGCGCGCAGGCAUCCCAGGUGCCAUCCUGCCGGUAGCCUGGGAUCAACCGUGGUGGGGGGAGCACUUGGCAAAGCUGAAAGUCGGCCUCAAUCUUGGUAAGAUGAUCGCAAGCAUCGAUGAGGACAGUUUGGAAACAUGCUUCCGGAGCCUUUCGGCUGACAGCGAUCUGGCGGAGCGCGCCGCGGAACUUGGCCGAUUGAUCCGGCAGGAGACGCCCGGCCGACAGAGGCUGCCGCAUCCCUGGAGUACCCAGGCUCAGCCUGUGCCUAAAGUGACGCCAGCGCUCUGGGAGAGACCGUUGAAGGCUGUAAACUCUGAGACAGCUGCCGGGCCUCCCAAGCCCAGCGGAACCAUUGAAUCUUGGGAGGAAUAUCCCAUGAAACUUGGUGGGGCUUGA